CACAAGCGGGUUUCAGACAGGGUCGGCGUGGCGCAGUGCAAGCGCUGUUUGGGAAUCGGUGGCUGCCGCCGUCGUCGUCGUCGUCGUCGCGACUUCUGCCUGCCUCCUCUCCUUUUUCUACUUCCUCGCCCUGUAGCAGGGGAAUUGCAGCAGCGCGGCAGGGGGCGCGCGGACGUUGGGAAUGAAGCUGCGGCUUGCGAGCGACGGUACUCUGCAGCGGACCUUGAGCGGGCAUAGCGGCGAUGUUCUGUAUUGUUGUUUCUCUCCAAACGGGAAGAGGAUUUUUUCUGGGUCUGAUAACGAACAAGAUUUUGAAGCUGCGGCUCGCGGGCGACGAUGCUCCACAGCAGACCUUGAGCGAGCGCGGCGACUGGGCCCGGGCCAACCAGAGCCGUUUCACACGCGGCAGGGCACGGAUGGAUAAUACGAACAUUCUGAUUUAUAUCGCGAGGACUUUUUCGGGGAGGUAUCGGAUUUUGCACGCUGCCCAGUUGCCAAGGCCCCCCCAUUAUUUGGAGUGCCGGGUCGACGCUGUACUGGAAGACUAUCCAUUUGGCCAGCUCCUGCCAGGCAUGGUCGUCAGCACCAUCGCAAGGCAUAGGGAUUGACAAGUGCCGGUCUUCAGUGCAUGGCGACCCGCCACGGCCGGAUAUUACCCGGGCGCGAUCUGUAGCGAACCCGAGGCUGCAAAAGCGACAUGUGGCAAAGCUAGAUGAUCUCGGGGGAAAGAGGCGACAGGGCAUGCGCUCUCAAUUUGCUGCCCUGUCGCACUUGAAAGUGCCAGCAAGCAGGUGCGAUUUUCACCUGAACGAGCACUUUGCGUGCCAUGGGGCCGCGCUGCGUUGCAAUGGCGGCUUCGAACAGCAGCGCGGCGGGCAUCGACGCGUUCUUCGGCGCCGCUGCGCAGUUCGCCGCCAAUUCUUCUACGGGCGACGGCUACACGGAGCAGCGUGCAAACCAGUUGGCAAAGAACGCCACGAGGGCCUUAAUUGUUGCCCGCGCUGCGCCUGGCGAGUCGUUUCGCGCGUCGAGGCCGACGCAGCAGGCAACGAAGCCACCAGACAAUCACGACGGCGUGGACUUCGAUUCGGUCUGGGUUGAUAUAUCUACCAACGGGGGCUUCGCGGAUCACCUCGAGGUCAUGAUUUAUUCGGAGGCACAGCCACUGCCAGUAGCACGCGUGGAUUAUCGGCACGCAACCUCUUGCAAUUGCGCUCUCUCUCUCUCUCUCUCUCUCUCUCGGAAGCGGCCUGGAAUGUUUUAAUCCUACAGACGAGCCUCCGGCCUCCCGUGUCAGAAGGUACCUCGAACGCCAUGCUGGAUGUGGCCGUUGGCCGAAGCAUCGGUCGAAUGCCGCGCUGAUCGGUGACCUUGUGGGCUCCCGAAUGGCUCGCGCUGGCAGCGGCCGCGGUAAACACUUAUGCAAUUGGCGGAGGCGCGCACGGCGCUGGAAGGCAUCUCAUCGCAACUCUCCACGCGCUGCUCUGGAGAGGCCUCUGACCGCCAGUCGCUUGGACCCCCGGCCCUCGCGCAGAGGAGCGAUGGCUGAUGCGAUGGAAAAGAGGUCGCCCUCGCCCAGUUAGGGCCAUUUUUGCGAAUGGCCGAGGAGAGGACGGGGCAGGACGGAUCAGAGAGCGAGAGGCUGAAGAUGGGCAAUCGUGCCGCAGGUUCUUCAUCGACUUAGACCC